AUGGGCGACCGCACGGUCCAUGUCGGCAAUCUCGAGACGUUCGUGAACGAGAGCACGCUCUACCUGCUCUUCUCGCAGUUCGGCACUGUCACCAACGUUCGUCUCGCUGGUGACCCUAAGAUGCAGACGCGGUACGCGUUUGUGGAGUUCAACGAUUCCGUUAUGGCGCACGCAGCGUGCUUGCUGGACGGGCUGCAGGUCGGCUCGCGCAAUCUCCGCGUCUCCCUCUCCAAGCCAUACGCCGGGAAAGGAGCGGCGUCAGCAGCGGUGCAGAACCCCUUAGCUGCGCUGAUGGGCGGGGGACUGGCAGCGACUCCCGCCGUCAGCGCUCCGCGGAAGCGGUCCACCGUGGAGGAUCAGGAGCGCAUUUCGCGGACCAUCCACGUCCGCAAUGUGGACAUCCAGAUCACGGAGGCGAUGCUGGUGGAGUAUUUCGGCGUGUGCGGCACCGUGACGGCCGCGCGCACGGCGGGCACGGGCAACCCGCGCACGGCGUGGAUCGAGUUCGCCGCGCAGCAGUCCGCUCUCGCCGCGCUCUCGCUCGACGGCCAAGUCCUCGCCGGGCAGACCUUGAGAAUCUCCCCCAGCAAGUCCGCCAUUCAGACCAACGCGCUGUCGCAGCGCAACGCGCCGCCGGCGGCGCUGCCGACCAUGACGCCCGCCAUGAUGAUGGCGGCCGUCGCCGCUCCGCAGAACAUCGUCAAAGUGCAGGGCAUCCCCGCUAAGGCUUCGGAAGCGGACGUGCGCGCGCUCAUGGAGGGGCGCUGCGGCCACGUGCGCUCGCUGAUCAUCGUGCCCGUGCCAGGCCCGCCGCCUGAGGAGCCGGGCAAGGAGACGGACAAGGAGAAGGGAGAGAAGGGCGAGGAGGGGGGCGAGGGCGAAGAGGGUUACAAGGGCCCGACGAAAAUGGCGACGGUGGAGGUGGAGGAUGCAGGCGCGGUGGCAAAGGCGCUAGAGCUGAACGGCACCAAGUUCAUGGGCGCGACCAUCUCGUACGUUCUCCCCUGCUGCCAUCCUCCCUCUGGACUUGCCUGUUUGCCUUUGUUGCUGCUGUGGCUACUGAAGCACUCUUAUUUUCACUUCUCCACCACUCCCCUUCUCCCCUACUCCCUUUCUCCCCUCCUCCCCUUCCACCCCCUGCUUCCCUCCCGUCCCGUUUUUCCCUGCCCUUCCUGCUGUCCGCAUUUGGUUGAGAAGGUUGAACCCCUCCCGCCCGCCCCCGUGCCCGCCCCUUCGUCCACCCUUCCUGCAGCCUUCGCCAUUCCCGGCCUCGACCCCUCUCUCCUUGACCCCUCCCUUCUCUCCGAUCCCACCUUCCUUGCGGCUGCCACGGCAGCUGCAGGGGCUCUCCCCACCACCGCGCUUCCUCCCCCGCCCCCUCUACCCCCCAACACGCAACCCACCAUCGUGUCAAAUGAGGCUGGCACUGAUGGCACUGGUACUGGCACUGGUACUGCAACAGGCACAAACGCCACAGCAGCAGCUGCAGCAUCGGCAGAUGACGAUCGGAAAGACUCUCACGGAUCACACAAGCGUUCGGCAGAUGACAAGGAGGGGGGAGAGAAGCGCGCACGCCAUGACUAA